AUGGUUCAGGAGUUUGAACUUUCAGACUCACCAACACUCCAAGAGAAUGUUAAGUUGUCGCCUGAGAAAACCGUUUCACCAAUGAAUUACACUUCAGAGGAGGAUACAGAACGCUCCUGGAAUUUCUCUGCACGCGAUGAAUCGUCUUCCUUCGGCUACCACAAGGAACUAAACAAUACUGUUAGAAUGGAUACCACUCUGGAUACUUCACACUCACUAAGUUAUACGGACUCUUGUGAAACUUACAACUCGUCCACAGAAUCUCUAGACUCAAGCACUUACAUCAGACCUGAAACACCAUACAACAAGUUUCUUGAACGUCUUAAGGAUCCCUCGUGCCAUGAUAUUGUCACGGCUAUUAAAGGAUUGGUGGUGAUGUUGCCGGGAAAUAUGGUCCGCAGUGAGGUUGCUACAAUAUCCCACAACUUCAUCGAUAUAUAUGCCCCAAAACUACUCUCAUUGGAAAUAUUUUCCAAAUUGACGGAUGAGGAGAAAACCGAGACGGUUGAGUGUUUCGAAAAAUUCACAAUGCAAAAACUCUAUCCACAGUGUUACCGAAUGGACCCAAUGGAUGCAAUAGAGGAUGAAAGACUUCAAAUACAAAUGCUGUGCUUAAACUGGAUAGAACCACACCACCUGGAGAUCACAACCAUGGGCGACGUCAACAUUCUAAAGGAGGCCCAAAACCACUUAAGGAAUUUAUAUAAGUACAGAUCACCACGAGAUAAACUGAUCAUCAUCCUUAACUUCUGCCGUCUAGUAGUCUACUCAAUACAAAAAGUGACGUAUCCAUUUAGAUUAUUAGACGUGAGUUGUGAUGAGGCUUUUCCGCUCUUGAUCCUGACAAUCAUAUUGACGAACCCCGUGGAGCUGCAGUCUUGCAUAGAAUUCAUCCAGUAUUUCAGACACCCAAGUCGACACAUAUCAGAAGAAGCAUAUGCCUUUACACUUUUAGUUUCGGCUGUUGAGUUUAUCAGGGAGAUUGGAACGAGUUCGCACUUGAAGAUUAAUACGCAAGACUUCCAGAACAAAUAUAACCAGAAUAAAUUGAAGUAUGAGUCAAGGCUACAAAGGCUGAAUAGUUUAGUAAAAACUAACUCUACAGAAACCGCAAGUAAUAAUAUACGAAACUCUGUAAACAACUCAGUAAACAAUAACACUAACUCGGCAAACUUGUUUGACCAGCUGAAGAAGUUUAACCUGUCAACUCUGUUUAAAAUGCCGCUGUUUAAGCAGGACAGGAAGGAUGUGUACGACAUCAUUGAAACACUAGAGUAUCUGGAAAGUUACCUGCUUGACCUGCCUCUGACUUACCAGUUCAAAGAGGAUAGCCUGGACCCGCCUGACCUCGUCAGUGACUGGCGGGCCCUAGUUGCAAUGAAAAAACACAUCACUGAAACCAUCGCUAUUGUUAAAACACAAGCCAAAAAGCUUUUAUAA